UCGCGCGCGCUGUUUUCGUCGGGGAAGGUGCUCUCGCAGGCAUUCACAGCCGCCAUCGCGCGCCUUCAAGCGACAGAAAAUAGAAAGAAACGCAACCGUGCUCAGGUGACACGGCAGGUGCUGAGAUUGUGGGAACAGCGCAAUCGUACAUCCUGCCAACUGCCACCCCCUUGAGAGAAAGAGCACGAAGAAUCCAAAUAUAACCCACCGUCGCUUGGUCUUCGAAUUUGCAGUUUUCGUUUGUCCCGCUGUGCCUUCGUUGUGUUCCCUUCCACUGCUCCUCCACUGCGCGCCGAGGAAUAGAGUGUCCGAAGGAGUGCACAACCUAACCUAAAACACAACACACAAGCGAAGAGUGAGAUAUCCCGAAGAAGAGCGAGCGUGAAUGAGCGAAACAGAGAGCGAAAGAAUACCCGUUUCUAGCUGUCAAGGAUCAGCAGUUCGCGCGGUGCAUCGGAGCAACUUUUGUGCGUUUUAGAUUUUGUCACCCCCUCGGUCCCCGGUUCCGCGUGGUUGGUGGUGGAGAAAUUCUACGCAACUCCGAAGCGCGAGAGGCGCAGAGAAAAGGCUUGAGAAAAAACAUCCUGGGAACGGCGCGCGUGCUGUGUGUGUGUGUGCGGUGUUGUGAUUCCAGAAUCCUCGGUCAGUUGUGCAGAUUAUUCGGGUGCUGUGGGCAUUGCCUCUGUGCAGCGAGAAAUAAGUGAAUUCCGUGCGGGGGUUUUCCAACAGGAAGGACCCUCCACGUUAGCUCGUGUGCGUGCGUGCGUUUGUGUGUGCAAAGGAAGGUGCCUGUGCCUUCUUUGGUACCGGAGUGGCCAGUAGCGCUCCCCUCUGGAUGACUUCUACGCCACCUGCUUCGUCGGAAGCCAUCGCCAGCCAGCAGACGACGAUGGCCGAUAACAACGGAGCGACAAUGGUGUCCUGCAACUACGUGGCGCUGCUCGAGGGUGUCUUCAAUGCGGCCCGCACCGGCAAUCUGGCAGCUCUAAAGAAAUGGACCUCCCGACUGAUGCCGAACGAUCUCAAGUCGCUGGUGAUGAUGAAGACGACCGGCGCCACCCCGCUGCUGAUUGCCUGCCGGAACGGCCACUUCGACGUGGUGCAGUAUCUGAUCAAACGGUGCCACGCGGACGUCGAGCAGGCCGGCUCGGUCAUAUUCGACGGCGAAACGAUAGAGGGCGCCCCGCCGCUCUGGUGCGCCUCGGCCGCCGGGCACACCAACAUAGUUAAGCUCUUAGUCCAACACGGUGCCAAAGUGAACAGUACAACCAAAACGAACAGCACACCACUGCGGGCGGCCUGUUUCGAUGGCCACUACGAAAUAGUGAAGUAUCUCGUCUUACACGGUGCAGACAUUGAAGUAGCAAAUCGCCACGGACACACCUGCCUGAUGAUCGCUUGCUACAAGGGACACUACAAAAUCGCACAAUACUUGCUCUCGCUGAAGGCGGACGUGAACCGGCGUAGCGUGAAAGGCAACACGGCCCUGCACGAUUGCGCCGAGUCCGGUUCGCUCGAGAUCCUACAGCUACUCCUGCAGCACGGAGCCACCAUGGACGUCGAUUCGUACGGAAUGACACCGCUUCUAGCAGCCAGCGUUACCGGACACCUGCCGAUCGUGGAACAUCUGAUCAAGCUUCCGCUAGUGUCGCGAGACGAUCGGAUCGCCGCGCUCGAGCUACUAGGUGCGACGUACGUCGACAAGAAGCGCGACAUGCUCGGUGCCCUCUCGUUCUGGAAGCGUGCAAUGGAGGACAGAUACAGCAACAGCCCCGUUCAGCCGAAACCAACCCGUGAUCCGGUGCCUGCGUACGACUACGUGCAAGAGGUAAACAACCUGACCACCCUCGAGGAGCUCGUCAUGGACCCGGACGAAAUGCGCAUGCAGGCACUGCUGAUCCGCGAACGGAUACUGGGCCCCGUGCAUCCGGACACCAGCUACUACAUCCGCUUCCGGGGUGCGGUGUACGCCGACUCCGGGCGCUUCGAUCGGUGCAUCGAGCUGUGGACGUACGCCCUGUCGAUGCAGCAAAGCAUCCUGGAACCGCUCAACCCGAUGACCCAAUCGUCGCUGCUCUCGUUCGCCGAGCUGUUCAGCUUCAUGCUGGGCGAGGUCGGGCGGCCCAUCACUCGCGGUCGCAUCGUGCCGCCGAUCGAAACGUCCGACAUGCUGGUGGUGUUCAAGAAGUCGAUCUGCGAAGUGCAACUUGGCCAGCAGAUGCUCGACCAGAUGCCGUACCCGGAGCGUGACCACGGUGCGCUCAGCCGGGCGCUCGUGAUUUCGCUGCACCUCGCCUGCCUGCUGGUGCGGCUGCUCGACGAGGAGGAGGAACUGUGUACGGAAGAAAUGAAGCACCAGAUUCUGCAGGCGCUGUACGAUCUGGUCAGCUUGAAGAUUGUUUCGAAAACGGGUCAAACCGCCCUGCAUCUCGCUUGCUACAAGGAAGCGGCACUGGUUGGGCGUUACCCGGUGUGUCAGCUGCCGUCGCCACGGCUCGUGAAAGCGCUGCUACAGGUCGGGGCGGACCCGAACGCACAGGACGACAGUGGCAACACGCCGCUCCACCUGGCCGCCCAAACGCGCCCCUGCCCACCGAGCCUGGCACAAACGUUGCUCGAGCACGGCGCACACUUGGAUACACGAAAUGUCGAAGGUUUCACGUUCGAGACACUUCUGCACAACCAGCAGCUGCACGAGCUGGUCAAUCCGAUCAAGUACACGCGACUGUCCUGCCUGGCGGCGCGCGUCAUCAAGAGCCACGGACUCCACUACCAGAACGAGAUUCCCAAGUGUUUGCUGACGUUCGUCGAUUCGCACUAGCACCAGCGGUGCCGGUCAGUGAGUGGCACGUCGUCGGACGCGGGCCGCCGGCGCGUAUCUCAGGAGCGUGAUCCCUUGGAAGGUUGAGAAGGAACAGCCCCCGCCGUUCAACGCCACGAUUCGGGUCGGAAUGACGGUCACGGGUGGAAAGAAUACGAUUAGAAUUCAGUGAAAAAGGAAUUCGGUGCGUGUGUAAACAUCAAGCAACCAUUCGCUGCCAUUUAGAGGAAUCCUCCGGAACGUUAACGAGAAGCUUUCACGAUGCAGUUCGCACCCCUCAGAAGCACACAAUCUGCUAUUCGCAGGCAAAAUGGAAACCUUCACUGCAAGGUGUCGAUUCGUUUGCUUCCCGACAGCUGUUGAACCGAUGAUCAGCCAACGAUUUGAGCGAGCAUCAAAACGGCUUCGGAGUGAUCUCUGCCGUCGGUCAAGCAAGCACGGGAGGGGAGCAUUCGUUUCAUUGAGCGACGGUGGUGGCGCAAUGCUGAGUUUCGUUUGGCAGUGUUUGUCCUGCUGCUGCUCCCGGUUAGAAAACUACUUCCACCGAGCUUUGUUUGGUUUCUGGGGUUUCGUUCUGUCUGGGGUGGUUUCUGUUUCGUUUCGAACGAUAGAUAGUAAUAAAAGUAAAUUUAAGAACAUUUCAACCCGCAGCAGCUAGAGGAAGGAUGCGCGCAGUGUCGGUCGUGGAGAGUUCGACGGGACGUGUUAGAUUUUCGGGCCACAGGAUGCUGCAAAUUAGCGCCACUAGUUUCUUUCACUCUCAGCAUCUCAUCCGACCGCGAUAGGUGUUUAACGCAAGAACGUUUUGUGACGCAUAAAUCCCGAGGGCAUGUGAGUGAUUCGGAGCACAACAAGAAGCGGUUCAUUGGGAGUAUCACUUUCCUGGUAGGGAUUGAUCCGACGACCCGCAUGCAUGAUUGAGGCCGAACUUUAUAACGAUUGUUGUAAUGAAGGAACGGAAGAGAACGAUUUAGUCGAAUGAUUUUACGGCACGAAGUCGAGUACGAAUCCAGGGAACGAACCUUUUCUUUUAAUAUUUAGCGAUACGGCCGAAGUAUCAGCGACGCACGCUCGUAAAGGGGUCCGGUCGUUCUGUUUCCCGCGCCGUCGAUAGAUAAUUGGUGUUGAUAACCGUGUGAUAAGCGACGACAGAGAGAGAGUCCGGGAAGACAUGCGCGCGAUCGGCGAUCAACCAUGACGACGGUUGUGUUGCGUAUCUGUUUUGGUUCUGCUUUAGGUUUGCUUUUAGCUCGUAACAGAUUUUUAGUUUCGUUAAGGAUCCAAUAAACAACCAUUACUCUCCCAGGA